AUGACAACAUCCUCCACCGCUCUCAAUGAAGACAUCCUCCACACCAUCUUCUCCUUCUUGGAUCACAAAAAUGCCAAAGCGGUGCUCCCCAAGCUUAACCGCCUGUACGCAAAAGACCUCAAUCAAGUCACCUGUGUCCUACAUCUUCGCGACCUCACCCUCUGCAGUAUUACUGAGCCCAAUUUCCCCUCCUUUCUUUUCCUUCUCAGAUCAGCCACACUCCUCCACAAUCUCGAGGUCAACAACUUCGAGUGGUUCCUGACCCUACACAACAAGUUACCUGGGGUCAUAGGCGAGAUGGCCAACCUUACACAGGCAAUCUGUCGGAAAAGCGCCACCAAUUCGGUCACCUCCACCUACCUGAUCUCGUAUCGCGCAUAUCGUCAAUUCCAACAUUGCACUUUCUGUGCCUUUGUUCUUGGAGCAUACCACCUGUCCCUCUGGCGCAUCCUUCUCCCCCUCCCCUCCAUCAAGCACCUCUCCCUCACCUGUCUCCCCGAGGUUGCGGCCAGGCUCAUUGAGGUGUGUGUCAAUCUCGAGACGUGUUGUCUUGAGUUGCAGUUCAGGCCCUUCAAGCGCCCGGUCUUCACCAUCCAGGCACAAGGCUGA